CAUAGAAAUUCAUUCCUAACAGUGAAAAAGAAAGAAGGAAGAGGGAAAAGCAAAUUAUUCUUGGAGUGUUCUAUUUAGUUUGGUCACGAAAAGAAGAGCUACCAACUUUUGUUCUAAAGCCAAAUACAAGAGCAUUGUGAUGGGUCGUUGGGUUAGGCCUGAGGUAUACCCGCUAAUGGCUGCGAUGACAUUUGUGACAAGCUUGUGCGUAUUUCAGCUUACAAGGAAUGUAUUCCUCAACCCAGAUGUCAGAGUGAACAAAGCUCACCGGAGAAUGGCAGUGCUCGAAAACGAAGAAGAGGGAGAGAAGUAUGCCGAACAUGGCCUUCGGAAAUUCCUCCGGACUCGCCCACCGGAGAUCAUGCCUACCAUCAACCACUUCUUCUCUAAUUCUCAAGAAGAUAAAUGAUCACAAUCCAUGCACAAACAUUAAUUACGCAGAAGAUCGAAAGUGGAAUAUCUAUAUCAAUUUAGUUUACUUGUUUAUGUCUAGUUUAAUUUUCCUUUGUAGACUGGUGGUACUUACCGUCUUGGACCUCUUGAUGAAACUUUACAAGUAUCUAUAACACCAUAAUGGACAUGUAUGUUUCUUCCAUUUAAUUACUUUCAUGAAUAAUAAGAAA